AUGAAAACUAUUUUAUUAAUUAUACAAUUUACAGUAUUAAAAAAGAAAAUGAGAGUUCCUUUUGCUACUCGUACUACAGCUGCUUAUCUUGACUUAGCACAUAAUGCAAUUGUUAAAAAUAAAAUUUAUGGAAGUCGUUCUUUGUCAUCAACAUCAGUUUUAUAUGGACGUAUGCCAGCUCCAGAUCCUGAUGAUCCUGAAGCUAUAGCUAUUCAUAAAUUAUAUCGUCCAGAAAGAGUUACACCAACUAAAAGAGGAUAUGAUAUAUUAAAAGAUCCUGCUAUUAAUAAGGGUAUGGCAUUUACUUUAUAUGAAAGGCAAUAUCUUGGUAUGCAUGGACUUCUUCCACCUGCAUUUAUGACAGAAGAACAACAGGCAUAUAGAAUUAUGAUAAAGUUAAGGCAGACGAAAGAUAAUUUAGAGAAAUAUAUUCAACUGUCUGGACUUUUAGAUAGAAAUGAAAAAUUAUUUUUCCGUGUAUUAUGUGAUAAUAUUAAAGAACUUAUGCCAAUUGUAUAUACACCAACUGUAGGACAAGCAUGCCAAGAAUUUGGUUUUAUUUAUAGAAAUCCAAGAGGUGUAUAUAUUACACCUAAUGAUAAUUCAAUAUCAAAAAUUCAUCAAAUUCUUUGUAAUUGGCCACAUGAUGAUGUUAAAGCUAUCGUUGUUUCUGAUGGUGAAAGAAUUCUUGGACUUGGUGAUUUAGGAGCAUAUGGAAUGGGUAUUCCAAUUGGUAAACUUACAUUAUAUACAGCUUUAGCUGGAAUAAAACCAUCACAAUGUUUACCAGUUCUUAUUGAUGUUGGUACUGAUAAUCAAAAAUUAUUAAAUGAUCCAUUUUAUAUUGGUUUAAGACAUAAAAGAAUUAGAGGAAAAGAAUAUGAUACAUUACUUGAUAAUUUUAUGAAUGCAUGUGUUAAAAAAUAUGGACAAAAUGUACUUAUACAAUUUGAAGAUUUUGGUAAUCAAAAUGCAUAUAGACUUCUUGAUAGAUAUAGAGAUAGUUUUACUGUUUUUAAUGAUGAUAUUCAAGGGACAGCUGCUGUCGUUGUAGCUGGUUUACUUGGUACAACUCGUGUAACAAAAAAAAAAUUAUCUGAACAAAAGUUUGUUUUUCUUGGUGCUGGAGGUGCUGCUACAGGUGUUGCAGAGAUGUGUAUACAACAAAUGUUGACCGAAGGUUUAUCACAUGAUGAAGCUUGUGAUAGAAUUUAUCUUAUGGAUAUUGAUGGAUUAAUUACAAAAAAUAGAGUUAAUACUAUUGGAGAAAGGCAUAUACCUUUUGCAAAAGAUCUUCCUGAUACAAAAUCAUUACUUGAUGUUAUUAAUACAGUUCAACCAAAUGGAAUUAUUGGUGCAUCAACAGUUAAAGGUGCUUUUACACCAGAAAUAAUUAAGAGAAUGGCUGAAAUUAAUCCUAAUCCAAUAAUUUUUGCUUUAUCUAAUCCAACUUCUAAAGCUGAAUGUACUGCUGAAGAUGCUUUUAGACUUACUAAAGGAAAAGUUCUUUUUGCAAGUGGUUCACCAUUUCCAAAUUUAGAAUAUAAUGGAAAAAUGUAUAAACCUGGACAAGGAAAUAAUGCUUAUAUCUUCCCUUCAAUAGGAUUAGCUGUAUGUUUAUUCAAGAUCAAACACAUAAAAUCCAAGUAUUUCCUUAUUGCAGCUCGUCGUGUAGCAGCAUCAGUAACACAAAAAAAUCUUGAUGAAGGUAGAAUAUAUCCACGUUUAAAAGAAAUUCGUGAGAUAUCUGUUAAAAUUGCUGUUGAGAUUGCUGAAGAAGCAUACAAUGAUGGUUUAGCUACAUUAUAUCCUAAACCAAAAGAUAUGGAAUUGUAUAUAAGAGCUCAAGUUUAUGAUGUAGAAUAUGAUGAAUUAAUUAAUAAAACUUAUGUUUGGCCAGAAAAGGAUUGCAAACAUGGAUUCCCAGUACCUGUUAUGAGAAGAGAUUCCAUGGAUGAUUAA